UGCAGGUGCCGAGCCGGGAGCGAGCGGUGGCGGCGGCGGCGGCGGCACCAUGGGCCGGGCCCGGCGCUUCCAGUGGCCGCUGCUGCUGCUGUGGGCGGCCGCGGCGGGGCCAGGGGCAGGACAGGAAGUACAGACGGAGAACGUGACAGUGGCUGAGGGUGGAGUGGCUGAGAUCACCUGCCGUCUGCACCAGUAUGACGGGUCCAUCGUUGUCAUUCAGAACCCAGCCCGGCAGACCCUUUUCUUCAAUGGCACUCGAGCCCUGAAAGACGAGCGUUUCCAGCUCGAGGAGUUCUCCCCGCGUCGGGUUCGGAUCCGCCUCUCCGAUGCCCGCCUGGAGGAUGAGGGGGGAUAUUUCUGCCAACUCUAUACGGAGGACACCCAUCACCAGAUUGCCACACUCACUGUCCUGGUGGCCCCAGAGAAUCCCGUGGUGGAGGUCCGGGAGCAGGCGGUGGAGGGCGGCGAGGUAGAGCUUAGCUGUCUGGUCCCACGGUCUCGCCCUGCGGCCACCCUACGCUGGUACAGGGACCGCAAGGAGUUGAAAGGCGUGAGCAGCGGCCAGGAAAAUGGCAAAGUCUGGAGCGUGGCGAGCACCGUGCGGUUUCGCGUGGACCGCAAGGAUGACGGCGGCAUCGUCAUCUGUGAGGCGCAGAACCAGGCGCUGCCCUCCGGACACAGCAAGCAGACGCAGUACGUGCUGGAUGUGCAGUACUCCCCGACAGCCCGCAUCCAUGCCUCUCAAGCUGUGGCGAGGGAAGGAGACACGUUGGUGCUAACAUGUGCUGUAACAGGGAACCCCAGGCCAAACCAGAUCCGCUGGAACCGUGGGAAUGAGUCUUUGCCUGAGCGGGCUGAGGCUGUUGGGGAGACACUGACACUGCCGGGCCUGGUAUCUGCAGAUAAUGGCACCUACACGUGUGAGGCGUCCAACAAGCACGGCCACGCGAGGGCGCUCUACGUACUCGUGGUCUAUGACCCUGGUGCAGUGGUAGAGGCUCAGACAUCGGUGCCCUACGCCAUUGUGGGUGGCAUCCUGGCGCUACUGGUGUUUUUGAUCAUCUGUGUAUUAGUGGGCAUGGUCUGGUGCUCCGUCCGGCAGAAGGGCUCCUAUCUGACCCACGAGGCCAGCGGUUUGGAUGAGCAAGGAGAAGCCAGAGAAGCCUUCCUCAAUGGCAGUGAUGGACACAAGAGGAAAGAAGAAUUCUUCAUCUGACCCCACCUCCACCCCAGGCCUGGGUCUGGGCAGGGGUCAACCCCACUGCCAGCUGCAAAGACAUUGACCAGAGUCUGGGAUGGUGGGCAUCUCCCCCCACCACUAACACCUCAGACGUUUGGGCAGGGAUGGGGAUGUCGGAGGCCUGGGUCUCUGAACGAGCCAGAAGCAAGGGCCCAGGGGUCUGGAUCCCCCGGGGGGUUCAGGGACCAAAGGUCCAAACCCACCACGUCCAGGGAGGGCAGUAGGGAGUGGGUUGGGGAAGAUAACUGGGGGAAGGACAGCACCCCUCGGCUGCAGAACCAGGUCUUGUGGGGAGGGGUCAGAUUCUGGGAAGGGUAGGGUGGGCAGGGAAGGGGAACACAGAUUUCUUUGGGGGUUCCAGACCCCAUGCCAGCCAUUGUAGGAGUUCCACAGAGCUCUGGGCACCUCUUUGCAAAGCCAUGUUUGCACGGUGGGGGUGAGGGUGGGGGGAGGGUAUGGAAACCGGGGUUCUGUGUCUGUGCGUCAUAACUUUGAUGGGGGCAGUGAGGGAGAUAGCCCCAACCCGCCACUCCAGUCCCCCUCCCCCAGGCUCCUGGGUGUCCCUUUUCUCCAUCUCCUCUCCCCUCAUCUGUCCCACCCAUAUUUGUCUCUGUCCACCCACUCCUGGGGGGCCUUCCCCAUCUCUCCUCCAGGCCCCCCAGGGAAGGGGAAAGGAGUUUGGGGCAGGGGUGCGUUGGUCUCUAUGGUUUUAUAUAUAAUAUAUUAAAAAAAUCAAAAAUCUGUAUGAAAAAAUAUCAGAUUGCACCCCUCCCCCAUUCCUGACUUUUGCCCUUUUUCUUGUUUUAGAAAAAAAAAACA